AACAAAGGUUGUUUUUUAUUUCAGUGUUUGAAGAGACAAACCCUGCUGGAUAAGAGUCUCUUCUUGAUUUGCAGUGUUACUCGGUUCUCACAGAAACCAGACAUGUCUGAGUUUGAAUCGGAAGUUGCAGAAGGUGAGAGGUACCGUGUGGGCUACGCUCUCCAACCCAAGAAAGUGGAAAGUUUCCUUCAACCCUCCCUCCUCGAUCACGCCAAACAACACGCCAUUGAUCUCGUCCAAAUCGACCCUUCUACACCCUUAGAACAACAAGGUCCCUUCCACUGCAUCAUCCACAAACUUCACACUCCACAAUGGAACAAACACCUCCAACAAUUCUCAGCCACGCAUCCAGACACCGCAAUCAUUGAUUCCCCCGAGUUGGUGACUCGCCUCCACGACCGAGUUUCAAUGCUCGAGGCAGUCACUCGCUUGCAAAUUUCCCUCCAAAAUGCCACCGUCGGGGUCCCGAACCAAGUGUUGCUAAACGAACCCAAAUCCCCCGAUUUCAACAAAAUCGAAGAACUGGGUCUGCGAUUCCCCGCGAUCGCGAAACCGUUGGCGGCUGACGGCGGCGGUGGCUCUCACGAAAUGUGCCUGGUCUUCGACCGCGAAGGACUCAACGCGCUGAGCGCUCCUACGGUGCUACAGGAGUUCGUGAAUCACGGUGGGGUCGUGUUCAAGAUUUACGUUGCUGGGCGUCACGUGAAAUGCGUGAAGCGCAAGUCUUUAGGUGAUAUAUCGGAGGAGAGGCUGAGAUCGUUAAAGGGGGAGGUGCUGCCGUUUUCUCGUGUAUCGAACUUGGGCGUCGAAGACCAGGGUGGCCCCGUGGAGAAAGCUGAAAUGCCGCCGCAGUGUGUGGUGGAUGAGUUGGCGAAGGCGUUGAGGGAGGCCUUGGGACUUAACCUUUUCAACGUGGAUGUGAUCAGAGAUAGUAAGGAACCAACAAGGUACCUUGUUAUUGAUAUCAAUUACUUUCCCGGCUAUGCAAAAUUGCCCUCUUAUGAGCCCUUUAUCACUGAUUUUUUGUUGGAUGUUGUUCGCACUAUGGCUAAUUAAGUGAAUUACAAGCCUGAGGAUGAUCAAUAAUGUUAACAAUACUGCGUAAUCAUUUUUGUUAUGCUGUUUUUCAAUGCUUUCUCUUUUGUAUGCCGUUUUGGAGAAUGAUUGGUAAUGUCACAUUAUAUUCCACCUGCACUUUGCACCUGUUAUAUCUGAUUGGGAAAUGCUGCUCAUUUAAAGUUCCACUAGUCAUCAACUGCACUGUGCAGUGCCCUUUCUUGAAAUCUGUUUUUUUCCGUGGUAACUUAACUGUAUUGGUAUGAAUCCUUCCCUUCGCUUUGGACUCAACCACUCAUUCUCAUUUUUUAAAAUACUAUUUGACAACAAAUACACCAGUCCAUGAAAUUGCGGGAAUCUUAUUGUGAUUUUUAAGAACGAUAAAUGUCAGUCUCAUUAGUUCGUAGGCAUCGGUUUUUUAGGAUCAAGAGUUUUUCCUCUCCAAAGCUAUGCGUCCUCCAUCAAAAGCAUUCAUGGACAAAGUUAGGGUUUUAUGAAUGAAACAAAUAUAAACUGUGAAGAAUUCAUAUUUGUUGAGGGUGGAUGGUGCUCGCCUCAUUGGCCGUGUCUUUAUUGAUAUACCAUAACUCGGAGUUGCUUCAGAAUCUGAUUCUAUGCUCUGGUACUUUAUGAGAUGCUUUAUUCUACUACACAUUAACAACUACCAUAAAUUUUAAUUUGUGUACAAUGAAAAAAAGAAAAGAAAGAUUCUGCCAUGCAUUGAAGGACAAUAUAUUAAUUUUAUGAUGACGAAGUCUAAUUACAGAUUCACCAAAAGAAAGUACAUAAAACAUGCGACUCAAAGAACUAGAUUUGUGAAAAUAUCACGAUAUGUUUUAUUGUAUAUGCGUACACAGGUCAUAAUGGAGUACUAC